UAGAGAGAGAGAGAGAUGCCUUUCUGCAUCUCUCCGAUAUAGCCGCUGUAAGUGUCAUUUUCUUCUAUAUACUGUCAUAGCAAGGUGCUCAAGAGAAGCUCAAGGAUCUCUCUCUCUCUCUCUCUCUCUCUUUUUCUGUCUUCUGAAAACACCAUGAUCUGAAAUUCAGUCGCUGGCUCUUCUUUUGCUGGAAAUCUCACCGGAAAACCCACUAUAAAGCCAGAUACCCAAGUGACUAACGAUCUUCAUCCAAGUCCGGUGUUCUCCAUGGAGCUCUCCCACCCAACUCCAGAUUUGUCUCUGCAGAUUAGCCCCCCAAACGCGAAGCCAACACCCACAUGGUUGAGGGACUCGGAACCAGUCGCUGCGCACCACCAGAAGCAGCAGAUGGCGGUCUUCUGGCGCCACAACCUCGGCCCCAACCAAAUCAGUCCUACCACCAACACCGAGGCUUCCUUCCAGCUCUCCCUGGCUAGUCCCCGGCCUCCGGAAUCCGAUGCCGCUCCGGCGAGGCUGUUCUUGGAUCCAGCCGACGCCAAGGCCCAUCACCAUUACAUGGGCCAACACCACCACCAGUACCACCAUCAUCCCUAUGCUCACGGCUACGGUUUCAGGCCUAUAAGGGGUGUCCCCGUCUACCAUUCUCCCCAGUAUCCCUUUCUUCCCUCCGACAGCUUCGCCACCUCUAUCCUGCCGGAGUUGCCGUCGUCGCCGUCUUCAUCUCCGGCGGCUGGGGUUUUCAGAUCGAGAUAUGGGGCAAGGUUUCCAGCCAAGCGAAGCCUGCGGGCGCCAAGGAUGCGGUGGACGAGCUCACUCCACGCCCGGUUUGUCCACGCAGUGGAGCUGCUCGGGGGCCAUGAGAGGGCAACUCCAAAGUCCGUUCUCGAGCUCAUGGAUGUCAAAGAUCUCACUCUAGCCCAUGUAAAAAGCCAUUUGCAGAUGUAUAGAACCGUGAAGACCACUGACAAGCCUGCAGUGUCUUCAGGGCAGCCGGAGGGCUUCGGAUCCGGUCACAGUGGAGAAAUCUCAGACGAGUUUACAGCGGGAAACGCUGCAGCAGCAGAUCGCGUCAGUUCCAACAGCGCUGCUCGAGACUCUCAGUUGUUGCACCAGAGCCUGUGGAGCAAUUCCUCCAGUAGAGGAGCUUGGCUGCAGGCUGGUUCAGUGGAUUCUCAGUCGAGCAUGACUUAUUUAAAGGAGGAGGGGAAGGACUUUAGUUUUUACCAUCUUCAAUUGGGAUGGUUCAGUAAACCAAAUCCAUUUACCAUGGACCAAGCAGGAAAAGAGCAGCAGCCCAGAGAGCUCGACCACCCUCUCAGGGACGAACCUCAAGAGCCCCAACCUUGAGUUCACCUUGGGCAGACCCGAUUGAUCGUGCAGUUCUUCAUUUUCCAUGAUUUCUUCUUAUACAUGAAACAGAUCAGAAAGGAAAAAGAAAGGGUAGGGAUGGAUGAUUCAGAGAGAAGGUUGGAAGCUUAGAAGAAAAAGGGAAUGUGAAGGAGAAGUAGGUACAUAUAUUUGUUGUUGAUUGUGUCUUAUGGGUCUUCCCUUUUCCUUACGAGAGAGAACGUGCAUGAGACAUAAAGGAAAGAAAGGCAAAAGGAAAGAUCAGAUCAAACAGUCCCUUCGUGAUAAAAAGUAUCUCAAAGGAAGGAUUCUUUUUCUUGGUAAUUGUAAUAUUGCCGACAGCUGCAUGCAGCAGCCUUAUAAUUUCUAAAUAAUCCAAAAUUUUCAGCUUA